GUCUGUCAGCUUCCUGGCCCUGGGCUGACUCCCGCUGUAAGGAGAGGGACCCGGGUCACCAUGUCCUCAGCCCUGAGCCCACCCCGGGUCCCCAAGCCCAAAGGCACACAGCCUUCACACUACUAUGAGAGCUUUCUAGAGAAAAAGGGGCCCUGUGACCAGGAUUACAGGAGGUUCUGGGCAGGCCUGCAGGGUCCCACCAUCUAUUUCUACAGCAGUAAUCGGGACUUCCAGCCCCUGGAGAAGAUCGAGCUGAGGACCUUUGUGAAGCUCACUGACCAUUCCCCCCGGGGCAGCUCACGGGACCCUGGCAUUCACUUCACCCUGGUCCUUUGGAACCAGGAGAUCAAAUUCAAGAUGGAGAGCCUGGAGUCACGUGAGAUGUGGAAAGGAUUCAUCUUGACUGUAGUGGAACUCCGCGUCCCGUCCAACCUCACCCUGCUGCCGGGUCACCUGUACAUGAUGGCCGAAGUCCUGGAAAAAGAGGAGGCGCGCCGUGCGCUUGAGGUGCCCUCGUGUUUCCUGAAGGUGAGCCGGCUGGAGGCCCAGCUGCUCCUGGAGCGCUACCCCGAGUGCGGGAACCUGCUGCUGCGGCCCAGCGGGGACGGCAAGGACGGGGUGUCAAUCACUACCAGGCAGCUGCUCAACGAGACCCCUGUUAUCCGGCACUACAAGGUGAAGAAGGAAGGCGUCAAGUACGUGAUCGACGUGGAGGAUCCAGUCUCUUGCGCCUCCCUGGAUGCUGUGGUCCACUAUUUAGUGUCGCACACCAAGAGGGCGCUGGUGCCCUUCCUGAUGGAGGAGGACUAUGAGAAGGUGCUAGGCUAUGUGGAUGCGGAUAACGAGAAUGGAGAGAGUGUGUGGGUGUCGCCUUCCAAUCGGGGUUCAGGUCCUGCCUCCCUAACAAAUGUCCCCAAGCCACUGCCACCUGUCCCUACGUCUGUGUCCAGCCAGGACAAGCUGCCCCCACUGCCUCCCCUACCCCAGCUACCAGACCACCAGGAUGAGAGUUAUGUGACCCCUAUUGACGAUGUGCCAGCUGUGGAGUACAUGAAUCAGGAUGUGUCUCCCUCCAGCCGGCCACAAGUCAUCCCGAAGCCCAAAAAACUGGAAAAGCUUCCAGCAAAACCUCCGAAGCCACCAAUUGUGCCCAAGCCAGAUCUCAAAGCAAUUAACGGUGCCUGGGCUAAGAAGCUGGGAGGCGGCUCACCCCAGGCUCUCUCCCUGGUGACAAGUAAGGAGCUGCUGGGGUUGGGCCAGAUGCAGAAUGGGCCUGAGGGGCUGGGGGAUGUGACCGCUGAGCUGCAGGAGAAGUUACAGAAGAGGAGGGCGCUGGAGCACUGAGGCCAGAGGGCUAUCUCAGGACACAACACAACAGAAAGUCCAUCCUCACAGGAUUAAAACUCAAGGGACAAACCCAGCAUGGUGGCCCACACCUGUCAUCGCAAUGUUCAGGAUGCUGAGGCAAGAGGAUCACCACAAGUUUGAGGCCAGCUUGGGCCACAUAAUGAGAUCCAGGCUAGCCUAAACUACAGAGUAAGACCCUACCUCAAAAAUAAAAAAAGAGCCAAAAAAUAAAAAAUAAAAAUGUCA